GAGAACAAAUUUUAUCUGGUUCCUUGGGAACUACUAGACCUUUUCUUUUAGCAAUUUUCUGACGGAUUCACUUUAAAAAAAGUUCAAGUCAGAAUGAAACCAAUUCAUGAUGAUGAGAUGGGAGAGGUUAAGCUCUAUGAUGCCGUUCCCAUGGGCGACGAUGAUGAUGAAGAAGGUCCGAUAAUGGAAACCCCCAUGCAUUACCGGGCACGAAAGCAAAGUCUCAGCAUGGUUUUGCGAGAAUUCAUUCAAGCACCAAAGUCGCUCCUCGUUUCAGGAGUUCUCGCCACACUGUGUGUUCUCAUCCUCACUAUCUCAAGCUUCACAGUCCAUACGCCAGGCUCAUUUGUGAGAAUCCGGACUCUGUCACAACAGAACUCUCUUCAACCAGAUUUUGUCGAUAGGGGUGAAGGGCCUUCACCUGAGCUAGGAGGAACUAAAAGAUGUGGAAGUUUUCCAAGCCAAGCAGAGCAAUACGGUUGUGUUUUUGAUCUCAUGAACUACGGGUUCACGGCCCCAGAGUGUUUUUACCAAGACUUGUACGAAGAAGCGCUGGCCACCGGCCCAUGGCCAUGGUACAUCGGGGAAAAUCUCACGCUUCCAUUGCCACAGGAUGUUGAGAUUCUCAAGCGAUCUGUUGAGACGUGGACUCAGAUAAAAUAUCAUUAUCAGCACUGCGUGUACACGAUGAAAAUAAUAGCACGAGCGGUGGAGGAUGAUGAUAUUCUUGUUCCACAGGAAAUCGCAAGGGAUUAUCACAGGAAUCAUUGUGAGAAUCUGGUAGGCAGAUACGAGUCUGGAGAAUGGGGAAAUGGCGAAGUAAUGAAUACCUGGAUCAGGAUGUUGUACAAUCCGUGUGUGAGGCUGAGUGAGAUCAACAAUGAAGAUGUAGGGUAUGCUUGAAUUAGCUAGUCAUGGAAAUGAAAUGGCUUUAAGUAACUUUUUAUCAACGAGUCAAGAUACAGAACGCUGAUAUCCAUGCAUUUAUUCUAAAUUUCUAUCUA